CUGGGCGACCUCCUCGCGGCGGUCCCCGAGCAGGAGGAGGCGGCCGGCCACAAACUACGCAUCCUGUUCGGUGGGGCGGAGCUGUGCGGCGCCGCGACGCUGGGCGAGAUCGGGGUCCAGGGCGGCAGCGAGCUGACCCUCGUGGUCACCAGGAGGCGCCGCAUAGUGGCGUGCGACGGGGCGGUGGCGAAGGUCUGGGACGCCGACUCCGGGGAGUCCGCCGUGUUCUCGGCGGACGGGCAGCGGGUGCUGACCGCCUCGGAGACCGGACGGCGAAGAUCUGGGCCGCGGACUCCGGGGAGUGCCUGCGGACGCUGGAGGGCCACUGGAGCUACGUGACGUCCGCCGUGUUCUCGGCGGACGGGCAGCGGGUGCUGACCGCCUCGCAGGACGGGACGGCGAAGAUCUGGGCCGCGGACUCUGGGGAGUGCCUGCGCACGCUGGAGGGCCACGAGGGCCCCGUCACGUCCGCCGUGUUCUCGGCGGACGGGCAGCGGGUGCUGACCGCCUCGAACGACCGGACGGCGAAGAUCUGGGCCGCGGACUCCGGGGAGUGCCUGUGCACGCUGGAGGGCCACCAACACUACGUGAAUUCCGCCGUGUUCUCGGCGGACGGGCAGCGGGUGCUGACCGCCUCGUGCGACCGGACGGCGAAGAUCUGGGCCGCGGACUCCGGGCAGUGCCUGCGGACGCUGGAGGGCCACGGGGGCCCCGUGACGUCCGCCGUGUUCUCGGCGGACGGGCAGCGGGUGCUGACCGCCUCGGAGGACCGGACGGCGAAGAUCUGGGCCGCGGACUCCGGGGCGUGCCUGCGCACGCUGGAGGGCCACCGGUUCCCCGUGAGGUCCGCCGUGUUCUCGGCGGACGGGCAGCGGGUGCUGACCGCCUCGCGGGACCAGACGGCGAAGUUCUGGGACGCCGACUCCGGGGAGUGCCUGCGCACGCUGGAGGGCGCCGGGGACAGGGCCUGCUUCGCGCCUUGA